AGUGUUUGCUGGCUAUGUGACCACCCUGUGAUAAGGUGGUGAGUUAGUACCCCGUGCCUCCUCACAAGUACAGGAGGGGGGGAAACAUCUUCACUACUGCCACUGGAGAUACUUUUUUUGACAAGUUCCAUUUUCGGCUUUCUGCCCUACGCUCUUGUUCCUCGACCAGACAUCAUCAUUUGAGACCAGCUGAUGUGUGUUUGUUAUCAAAUCUGUAAAAAUGAUGAAGAAAUUGGCACUUAAUCUUCUCAAGAGCGCAGAUGAGAAGCUCAGAAGCCUCGGGCAUCAUAAACAGCACAACAGUAGUAAACCUGGAACUACAAGUGGUGUCACUGGUCAUCCAAACCUUCCUGUUCAGCUUCGACCAGUGGUCACAGAAACACCUUUCCUACAGCAGUGCAACCAGACACCCCCGACCCAGGCCCAUAGCUCCCUGACUCCUGGGUCUGGACCUGCCCCUCCCAGGCCACCCCCACCUACACAGCUUGCUCUUAAGUCUACGACUCAGGAUCUCAAUGAUCAAGACAUGUCUGACCGACGCAUUCAUCGGGUCGGUCGGAGGGACCAGGGCACAAUUGCUGCAUCUUCUGGGCGCCAAGAAGCAGCCUCAGUUCAGGAGUCAAGGUCUGCAGCCAUUAAACGUAGAUCACGUAGUGAAGGGCCAUCUGGUCGUCUCAAACCCAGGAACUCUAUGGAUGAAAAGAAAAUGCAUGAAGUGAGGGAAAGAAACAAUAAAUCUGGACAAAUGCGUUCAAAACAAAUGACAAGACAUUCAAUGUACACAGAGCCUCUCUCUGAUGAUGGAUUUCCAGAUGUUCAUGGCAGCUCAUCUAGUGCUACAGAUUCUGAUCAGGAUAGAAAAACCUGGGUCAAAAACCCGUUAAUGGUGAAAAAAGUGAGAAAAAAUGAAAAACGAAAGUCAUUGAACACAACAUUGGAAUUUGGUGGUAAGGAAAACCGGACUAAUCAGAGUGAAAUCUCACGGAUUACUGGUAGGUCACCACAUGUCUCCAGUAGAGAGGCAGUCCAAUACUUAGACAAAACUGGAAACAAUGGUGCUCAGAAGGCAAAGUAUCAAAAACUUGAGGAGAGGCGAAAGAAACGUGUUGAUAUAUUAGUGACCUCUGAUGAGGAACUGAAUUCUCCAGAACUGAGAAUAUCUCGCCUCAGACAAAGAGCUUUACAAGGGUCAAAACUGGCAACAAAACUCCCAGAUCGACUUGAUGAUCUUGAUACCCUACAAAUUUCUGCAAUGCAACCGAUUUCAAAAAUUACCACUUCUCCAGUCACAAAUACUCAGAGACUACAGCAGGAACCUGCAGAAAAUGGAUCAUCAUCAUCAGAGCAAAUCACACUUCGACCAAUAGGACCGGGGCAGACAAAUUUGAAUUAUGACAGUUAUCGACAAAUGGAAAUGGAGAAUAACCGAGCCAACACUAGGUUUGAUGGAUCAAGGAAUAGCAAUGAUAUUAAUUUGAAGGAAAGCUACCAUGGGUAUGUUCACCCAGGACGUGAGGUUCAAAUUCCAAUUCAAGGCCAAGGACGUGUAGUUCAGGGAUACAAGAAAAUCCCUAAACAAGACACCGAUUUCAUGGGUGGAAAUGUGACCCAAAAAAGAGAGGACUUUCCCAAAGUUUCCCUUCAUCGAAGUGAAUCUUAUGGAUCAGGUGACACAAGUGGUAAACGAUACAGAGAGCUUCCGCAAGGUGGAGUAACACGCUACUCCACGACAAUUAAUCAGUUUAGCUCCAACACCCCACCAAAUUCGGAAAGAAUGAGGCAGAAGGGUGGAGAUGGAAGUGACUCUGAGAUGAGUUUUACUGAUCUUAAUUCGAAUCGACCGAUGGUUUUAAAGAAAGCGAUCGACAGAGUGGAUAAUAAGAGGAAGUCUAACAGUGACGAUGACUCACUAGAUGAGCUUAUCGAAUCAAAUAUUCAGUAUUUGGAGAGUGAGAUUGAGAGUGGACGCUUACAGAUGCCUCAGUCCUCUUCAGUGCAAACCCAGCAAACUUUUAAGGAAGCAACAAAGAAAAUGGGUGCUGAGGAACCCAACAGAAAAGCUGCUUCUUCAGAAAAUGUGUCUCGUCCCACAGUUUCAAGUUCAUCUUUUCAGAAUGAAAUGAAAUUAAGACUUCAAAUUCCAUCAGCCUCCAACUCUCCUAGACCUGUGAUACGAUCUGUGAAGCCUCCUGUUGUCAGUGAUGGCAGUGGCAGUUCUUCUAGUUUGAGUCAAUAUGAUGCUUUGUCAAACACGCCUUCUGGAUCAACCUCCCCGUCACCUUCACGUAGUGUUUACACGCAUGUAUUCCAGAAUACUGUUCCAAAGAUUGAACGCCGCCACCAGUCAGCGGCACACAGUCCAUAUCUACAGCGGAGACCAACUGAUCUCGCCGAAAUGGAAGAUUUGUCAAAGUCUGAUAGUCAGUUAAAUUCAGCAGAAUUUCCAUCAGGUUAUGCACCGCAGUAUUUAACUCCCCAGCAAGGAUAUGUGGGCCAUGCUAAUUCUUCAUCAGCCUUAACACAGUAUGACAACUGUGAAGAAAAUCAGGAUAUGCUCAAGAGUCUAUCUGUGCCGGCAAUAGAACAAGGCAUGUUUUCUGAUGUGGAUUAUGACAUCGAAGUUUCAGAAAGAGUUAAGAAGUGGGAAAAAUACAUGAAAAAGAAAAAGCCAGCAGAUGAUUCAAAAACACCCUUAUCGCUGACAACGAUUUUAGAGUCAGAGGGUGGCAUCCCCGAUUCUUGGCUUCAAGAGGCAAUGAUGAUGCAAGAAAUCGAUCAUCUUCAAGACAGAUCUGCAUCAUUACCCAAGAAGAUUCAGUCUCCUCCGAGUAGAGCUGUUUCUUCUGUUACAGUCACAGUAACGAAGUCCACAUCACACAUAGCUCCCGCACCAAACCCUAAACCUCAGUUUCUGCAGCAAUUGCAGCAGCAACGGCAGAAACAAGUGCAGCAACAACAAAUGCAGCAGCAACAAAAGAAAAUUCAGUACGAGCAACAACAAAAACAACUCCAGCAACAACAUUAUCAGCAACAACAGCUUCAGCAACAACAACAGCUUCAGCAACAACAGCUUCAGCAGCAACAACAACUUCAGCAACAACAACAGCUUCAGCAACAGUAUGAACAGCAAUUAAAGCAACAAAAAUUGCAACAUCAGUAUCAGCAACAAGAGUGUUUUCCUAAUCCAGAUGUUGAAGACCCAAAAGUUUUGUCUACAGAAACUAAUUCCCAUCGAGUAUUCCGUUUGGUGAAAGAACCAGGGGGUGCCACAGUAACAACAUCCAGUGAUAGCUCUGUUACGUACGCCCAGAAUCCAAGUGCUUUCAAAAGUAGAACUUACUCUCCAUUAAAAUCUAAUUCUCAAAAGGAUGAAACAAAAAGAGCACGACGGGCCAUAUCUGAGGAACAGCUUGAAAAGGGAGAUAAAUCUGAAACAACUGUCAGUUUUAACAGAGCGUGGCCACCCCGUAGGAAUAAAUCAUUCUCUGAGGAGCAGAAACAAGCUAGGCUGUCCAAAUAUGAGGAGGAAUUGUCAGAACUUCAAGAACUGAAACAGGAUAGUGUAAAAGAUUUAAGAAAGCGAUUUGAUUCUGAUGCAAGUGGAAAUGAGGGAACAGAUACAUAUGAGGAAUGCCUUUCAGCCACACGUACACCUGUUGUUCAUAGGAAACAGUUUGCCCAACCAGUGGAACAAAUUGUAACUGAUAAACAAAUGCUGGAUGAGAAAACUAUAACCAAAGUGGAUCGCCAGGAACCUAAACGUCCAAGUAAUCUACAAAACAUAUCCCCAACGUUGUCAGAAAAUGUGAAAGAGAAGGAAGUAUGGUCACCACAUCUAGAGAGCUCUAAAGGUCUAGUCAGUAUAGAACGAGUCAAGGCUAGGACCCUUCAGACUAUCCCCUUCUCUGAGGACCCAUUCUGGAAACAGAUCGAAGAGAUGACCAGCUUUGACCAACUCAUGAAAUCUGGCGAGGUAAUAGAGGUUGCAGAUGUAUCGCGACCAGUUGAGUCUAUUGCUUAUAUAAAACAGAAUCCAGAUGAAGAUAUGCAAUGCACAUCAUAUGCACAUGUUGUAAGUACAAGUACAGCAGUGUAUAGUCAGCCACCCAGCUCCAUAAGUCUGCCUGUGCCCACUACCCGAGCAAAAUCAUUCAGCACACCGGAGAUACAACCUCUAAAAUUGGGAGCUGCACCUGUUAUAAAGAGUAGUGUAGAUGCUUUAGAUGAGGUCCUGGAGGACAUACGCACAUCACUUAAACGUAAACCUGCUCCACAUGGCACCACAAGAUCGGCACCUGUAGAAAAAGAGUCACCAUUUUUCUCUCCUUUGAGAUCGCCAGUAAUACAACCUGUUCAGCAAAUCCCUGUUCAGCAAAUCCCUGGAUAUCAACCUGUGAACGUGACAACUAGUAUAGCACGAACGGUCAUUCAAACUCAGCAGCCAAUGGCAGCUGGUGUCCAGAGCAUUGCUCACAGCGUCCCUACCUACCAAUCACAGCGAUUGGUGGAACUACAAAAUCAGUUAGGUAUCACUAAGCAACAGGCUCAACCUGCAAUGGUGAUGAUUCAACACCAACAGCAACAACAACAACAACAACAACAGCAACAGCAGCCGGGUGCACAGGCUAUGCACUUCAUUCCAGAAUAUUCAGCAGAUCCCUUUAUAAUUAAUGGAAAUUACCAGCUUGAUCCAAUGAUCUUGAAGGAGAAACUGUUGGAUACCGGGUUAGCGGAACUCUCUGAUAGUGGAGGUUCAUUUAAGGGGAAAGGAAGUGGUAGCGGCAGAGGAUCUGUAACACCUACAGCUGCCAUUACGCAAAGACGGCCAAGUGUCGACGCAGAGAAACAAGUUUUACAGACAGUUGAGGAUUUGAAAAACUUGGCGAGAGAUGUGGAACACAGACUGAGUCAGAUACGUAGCAGGAUUGAGUGUAGUGACGAGAAUAGACUUGAUUCUAUACUAAGCGCCUUGAGAAAUUUUGCUCCAACUGUUGAACCUACCGUGGUACAUCAGCCAACCGUUCAACUUACAAGUGAAUAUCACUCAAGGAAAACUAAACUGCAAGAGGCACUUUCAGAGCUUGACAAAAUCUACAAGAAUUUACAUACCGUUGAACAACCUAGGUCUGUUACUACUACGGUCACCACGGAAACAAAGGGUAACACAAUACCACGCCUUUCCAGUACACAUAUUGAAUAUCGGCCACAGAUUAAAAAGAGAAACAAAUCGGACUCAGAUUUUGGGACAAAUUAUUCAGCAGAAUCAAUAGCAGAGGUAGAGAGAGAAACACAACGGGAAUUUGAGGACAUCUCUCAGGCAUUUCAAAACUUACUCGCUGAGGUUGAUCAUGAGACUGAUCAAGAUUUAACAGAGCCUCCAACCCCAACCUUAAAAGAUCCACAGUCUCAUGCACAAGAAAUAGAGGCCACAAUUGAAUCCUUCUUGCAAGAAUACCGUGAUUCUGGAAAAGGUUCUGGAGGAGGAGAGAGUGCAAGUUUUAAUAGAGCAAUCGAAGGCUUGACUUCCAAAGAGGUGGGUAUCCCGAACAGAUGUAGAGACGUUCAAAAGUCUGAGGUGUUUACUACAUCCUCUGGGCCUUUCUCCGUUCUUGUUGGUAUUAAUGGUAAAGGAAAGAAAAGUGCCAGUAGUACAAAACCUAAACCAAAAGCUCCAUCUCCAUCAACAGCUCUUGUUAGAACUAGCCCUCCACAACCAGCAUGGCAUAACAACCCGGUGCACUCAGUGUCUGCACAAACAAACACAGAAGAACAGGACCACAUUGUUCCAAUCACAGAGCCGGACGUUAAUUUGGAUGAAGUGUUCAAGUCUGUUUUGGAGGACAUUUCAGACGAUUCCAGUGAAUACAGUGUUGAGAACAUCAAAAUGCUGUCCAGAAGAGGAAAGCGCCACAUGACACAUAGGAAAUCGAUGCCAGCUGAGAUGUUGAAGAGGGGCAUCGAAACCAAAACAAUCGAAACACAAACUGAUGCCCCUAACAUGGAACCAAGAAAGGACAAGAUAAAAUCAAGAAAGAUGGAACUCAUGCGGGAGGAUUCUCUCUCAAGUGAGAGUUCUCUUGACGCAAAAGGUCCGCAAAGAAAAAAAAUUGCAAGGAAUAUUGCAAUGAUGAUGGAGAUUUUCAGUUCAAGUGAGGACGAGCGUCGAAGGACAUUGACACAUUCUCACAGUGCUCCAGACUUACGAGAAUUAUUUGACGGAGAUAGAAUAUUUUCGCGACAAAAUAGUAAUAACAUGCAAGGGAAAAUUCAAACUCCAAAAAUGGUCAAACAACGUUAUGAAGCCAGAGCAAAGAAAAAGGCUGCACAGAUUUACACAAGGGAAACAAGUAUGGAGGAAAAGGGGGACGACUUUGCUUGGACAUCAGCUACGUCUGAUGAUGGAUCUCAAAUAUCACAGGGUUCAAAACCUCCACUGCAUCCAAAACGUAAACAAAAGUCAACAAGUCCAGAUCGCUCCAUCUUAGAUGGAAGAUCUGGGAGCCGGAAGGGAUCAUCUAACGACGGCGAUAGCCUGAGGUCAGAAGUUGUGCUUCGGAAAAAGAAAAGACGUACCAGCUCUACAAAUUCGCAAGAUGACCAAGAACGACCACACAGUUUCCAUGAACUUGUUGCCAUGUUUGAAACAAACCCAGAUCGUUUAAAAAGUUUGAAGAAUUCUCUGAGGAGAUGUGCAUCCGCUGAUAUGGUGUUUAUGGAGACCGUUAUGAAGAAGUCAUACCACUCGGAACCAAAUCUCAGAGACAGUGCAUCUGCUGACUUUCAAAGUGCAAAACUAUUUCUGGAAAUCCAAGUCAAAUCAUGAAACUCACAGACAAUUUUUUAACACCACCAAUAACUUCACUGUUUAAAUUUUAUCACAAUGCUAGAUUGAAAGCCAAAGAUGAAAUAUCUUUUGUAACAUUUAUUUGUAAAUCAAGAAUAGAUUUCAUUCCUGUUUCAUGAUUUGUCAGUUUAAUCCAAAUACUUUCAUUAGACAAAUAUUAUUUCUGUAUUGGUAUGGUCUGUUGCAGGAUUUUUUCUUAAGGGUGCCAUCUUAAUUAAGUUUUCAUAUUUAUCAGUUGUAAAUGUAAUGCAGUCUGUAAUAGAAGUAGGUUUUUUGCUAUUAACUUCCUGGAAAAUUUAUAACACAAACUGCUUUACAUUUAUAGCACUGUUUUUUUGCGGUAAAUACUUUCUGACUGAAAACAAUACUCAUUGAACAUUUCUGAUAAGUAAAUCUGAAGGCUUGAUCAAUGAACAAAAUAUAAACAAAAAAAAUUUGCUGUAAAUUAAAACUGUAUAUUGCUGAAUAACUUAAUAUUUCUUUGUGAUAAAGUUUUUCUUUAUACAGCCCUUCAGCUUUACUUCACCAUUUCUAGCUAGGUUUUACAAAUCAGUCUUAGGGGUAAGAGAUGUUUGUACAGGUCAUCCAGACCAAAGCCUUCCACAUUCUGGUGUCUUCAACAUCUGUAAUAUAAAUCACUUAACGGUGAAUAACCUGCUGAAAAUUUGUUUGUUGUGAGAUUAAUGCGAUCAUCUUAAUCAGUUGUAUUGUACUGCUCUUGCUGAGGUAGAUAUUUGUUAUCUAUAUUUAGAACAUAGCAAUACAUACAUGUAUAAGCCAAAAAUAUAGUGUGUGUACGAGGUGUAGGGAAAGUGUCCAUCAGUAUCACCAAUAUUUUAAUAGCAUUGUUUACUUCACUUUCAACAAAAACAAUAUUUUCAUAUUAAUUUAUUAUUUUUAGGAAAAAUAUUUACAAAAUUCCACAGUUAUCUCUGCAUAACUGACAAAUGAUGUCAUCCAUUUUUGUAGCACCAAUGCGUUUAUGACAAUUUUUCAUGUUAACUUUCACUUCCUUAAUAGUACUAUACCAAACUCACAAAAAGGAUUUUUGUAUGACAGUUUUGACACCAAAUUGACAUGACCUUCAUAAUCAGCAAGAAUUUAUUGUAAAAUUCAGUAUCGUGCCAAGUAUUAGAACAAAUAGUAUUUACUUGAUUAUCAAAAUAAUUAAUAUAUUAGAAAGAUACAUGUGUAUACAUUUCAAUGUUUAAAGACGUGCCAAAUCUUUUUGUUUACAUCCAAUGUUUAUUAUAACCUUUGAUAAAAUAUAUAUCUUAUCAGAAGCCUUAUUAUAUACUAGUUUACAAUUUAUUGCUUGUUAGAGAUAAUAGUAAUGCUUUCAUUUCUAUUUAUUUGUAAAUAUUUCUAUUAUUUCAAAUAUUUUUAUCAAGUAUUAUUUUCCAUGUGUUUUUUCAACAUAAACGCCCCUUCUGAUGUGGUAUACCAUAUACAGUUACAGACAAUAAAAAUGACAAUACAAUUAACAUGCAGUUGGGGCCAAAACAUUUUAAAUGGUUAAUCUUACUUCUGUUGGCAUGGCUAAGAAUAAGAGUUUAAUAUGUGGCUGCUGUGGACGAUUAUCUCCCUUUAUGUUGAGAAUAAUUAAAAGAAAUGACAACAGGGUAUAUAUCAGGUAUGACUGUUUAAAGCUGUGUCAUAUUUUUCACAAUAUAAUCAGAUGCUUGAUGUGUUAUAACGACAGCUUUACCGAGUAUAGGCACUUAAUGUUUCUUUCUUAAAAUAUAUAUAAAUUUGAAUGAGUAUUCUGGAGAGACUUGCCCUAACCUUCCUCCACUUCUUUGCACAGAAACAUCAAGCCUCAAGUUGGUACACCGUCAGAAACCAUUAACUGCUGAUCAUGGUCUCGUUAUCGAAAUUUUACUAUAAUGAUAGUGAUAAUAUUUUGGUAGUUUUAAUAAACUGUUUUCACUGUCAUUGAUUUGUGUGUUUUAAACAUUUGUAAAAAUAACAGUAUAUUUUAUGGUUAGCCUGUGUAAAUACUCUGUAUCAAAGUUGUAUAUUUAUAUAUAGUUAUAAUAUUGAAUGAAUGCAUGCCGGAGGUGAAAAGGUGAAAAUACAUGUGCAAUAUGUUUAGAAGUGCAAUAGACUGACAGUGCCACCAAAACUAGUUAAUUUAAUAUAGUUCUUGUUCUGUGGUUUUAUAAAAUCUAGUAAACAUUUCAGUGCUUGAAAAGUAAGUUUUUCUUUUAAAAAGUAUGCAGUUUUGUGAUAUAUUUUAUAUCUAUAUUGAGCUUAAAAUUGAACAUGUCCAGAUGUGUUAGCCAAACAAUCUAAAUACUCUACACAUUAUGGUGUGUGUGUUGAUUUUAUGAGGAAUGUCUGCAUAUUUCUAGAUCUUGUGAUGCCUUUUAUGACCAAACGAGACCGAUUUCAUUACAUGUCAUGGAUGUGGUAAUUGGUUUCGACGGAUGGUUUUGUUUUCGUGAUUUAAAAUGAAUCUCGUCUGAUGAAUAUGAUUGUGUCAGAUGAAAUGACCUUGUACUCAUGUAUACCAGGUAUAUCAGUUCAUUUGUCCAAUGGCUGAUGGUGGCACAUGGGAGAUAACUCUGACAACAGAUUUCAGUCUGGUGAUACUGAACAUGUUAAGUUCAUUGUAUAUGCAUGUUUACCUUAUUUUUCAGUAACAGCAAUGAAAUUUAUAUUUCAUUAUGGACUUUCGCAUACACAAAAUACCAAUUAUAUAUUAAAAAUGAUUACAAAUAUCAA